AUGCUCCUCUUAUUUGCUCAAGCGGUUUCCGACCCAGAUGUGGCUGCGCCAGGACAGCGCAAUGCCUGGUUGACUUCCUGCGCUCGGGAGUUUCCGCGUGGUCGUGGUUUCGGUCUUGCUAAGCCAACUCCUACCCGCGCGGCAGAAUCUGCUAGCCAAGCUCGGGUCCUUAUCACUAAUGACUUUUUGUUGCACCCAAUCAUAGCCGACAAAAGCGCGGUCGUACGUAUGGGACAAAACGUCUCUAGGACGCUUGUGCAGAACGAAUACGACGCGAAGUCAACGGGUUGGCGUGCAUACCGCAUGGGUUUGCCACUCAUCCAUAGGGAAUGGGUCGUCUUCUUCUCUUUUGACCACACAUUGACCUCCUUGGAUGGACCUCCCAAGUUAGGGCAUGCCCUAGAACGGCCUUCAGCGGGGCUGACUGUGACUUCAGGCCGUCGCGGCCACGCUGAUAGGCUCUUCCCACCUAUUCUGCAUAAGCAAGCUGUUUUCGUGUGGUCCCAGCUUCGCUGCGAUUCCCGUGUUCCCCGGGCCAUUUCCCAGGAACCCCUGGUAUAUUUAGAGGCAGCCUACGCUGCAGACGACGAAUUUCUGCACGGCUUUCGGCACCACAUCUGCGCUGGCCUAGAUACACCGUCUGCAGCUAUUGACUUACGGGAAGAGGCACUAGACUUCGGCUGGAGUUCCUCAACCCAGAGGUCUCGAAUCAUGUUAAAAUGA